UUUGGGAGUGAAUGACCAAAUAUGAACCACAAACGUUUUGGAACGUGCCAAACGAGACAGAAAAACAAAAAAGGGAAAGAGAGAGAAAGGAGGGAGUUUGUUCUGUGUUCAGUGUUGUGAUUGUCUGUUCCCCAAUAAACUAAUUUUGGUUGUGUUUCUAGAAAAUCUGAAGAUGGGGAAGUUUAUGGACCUGUUGAUUGCGGCAUCAAUGCCAGUCCUCAAAGUGCUUCUGGUGACGGGUCUCGGAUCAAUUCUCGCCCUCGAACACUUUGAUUUGUUGGGAGAGGACGCAAGGAAGCAUAUGAACAAUAUUGUAUAUUUUGUAUUCAAUCCUUCUCUGGUGUCCAGCAACUUGGCCAAUUCAAUCACAUAUGAAAGCAUAAUAAAGAUGUGGUUCAUGCCUCUCAACAUUUUCAUCACAUUUGUUAUUGGUUCGAUUCUCGGAUGUGCUGCUGUUCAUGUUACAAGAGCUCCCCAACAUCUACGAGGACUUAUCGUGGGAUGUUGUGCCGCAGGAAACUUGGGGAACAUGCUCAUUAUUAUAAUUCCCGCAGUUUGUAAAGAGAAAGGUAGUCCAUUUGGUGAUCCUGACAUUUGCCAUACUUCCGGAAUGGGCUAUGCUUCACUUUCCAUGGCGAUAGGAGCAGUUUAUCUUUGGUCGUACGUGUAUAAUAUAAUCAGAUUGUCAUCAAGCAGAAGUUCGAAGGAAGUUGAAAUAAUUCACUCACCUCACAGUCAAUCUUAUGUGGAAAGAUCUACUUUAGAACAUGGGAACUGCAUAGAACCUCUACUCCCAUCAAAUGAUUGCACCGAAGAGGAGGGGGUGUACUUAGAACAAAAGGUUCUGCCUUCCAAUACAUUACACAAUAAACUUCAGGCAUCUUUUGGAACAAAAAUUAAGCAGUAUCUUGAGAUGAUUUCAAGAAAGAUCAAUCUAAAGAGCUUAUUAGCCCCCCUCAACCACUGGAGCAGUAAGAUUGUCGGUUUUGUGGUUGGGGUUACACCUCAAAUCAGGAGAUUGCUGAUUGGUGAUUCCGCUCCACUUCAUGUGAUCCAAGAUACUGCCUUGUUGCUUGGGGAUGGUUCAAUCCCAACUCUCACACUCAUAAUGGGAGGAAACCUAUUAAAAGGUUUGCGGGGAUCAUCAAUAGACAAGUCCCUUAUUAUUGGGAUCAUUAUUGUUCGAUACAUUGCCCUUCCUAUAAUAGGCAUAGCCAUUGUUAAAGGAGCAAUCCGAUUUGGCUUAGUGGUUGCAAAUGAUCCAUUAUAUCAAUUUGUGUUGUAUCUUCAAUUUGCACUUCCACCUGCCAUGAACAUAGGCACCAUGACUCAAUUGUUUGGAGCUGGUGAGAGUGAAUGCUCAGUGAUUAUGCUAUGGGCUUAUGGAUUAGCUUCAAUCUCACUUACUCUGUGGUCUACGUUCUAUAUGUGGUUGGUUUCCAUCUGAGUUGAUACACUGCAAUAAUAUAUAUACUCAGGAUUUCAUUUAGUUUUUGACAAUAUAUUCCAUGUUUCACGUCAAGAAUAGAUUCAAUAGAACAUAGUGAGUUUG